UUCUUUAUCACGAUUUUAUCAUUUUAAGCCCUGACACUUGCAGGCCCUCUUUCUCUUUCUCUCUUAUAUAUGAGUAUCUCAUUUGCAGAGAAGAGGCUUUCCUUUAGCAGUACUUUGCUGCAACUGGGUUCUCUCGUUGCGAUCUUCUCCAGCUUUUUCGUGUUGGGAUCUCCAGAAAAGAGAUCAAUCUCGGUUCUUGGAUGGAUGCGCGGCUCUGUUUCACCGUUUCCAAGAUCUGUACAUCACUGUGAAUAGCGGGAGUCCGGGAAGGAACUCCACACUCUCUGGAUUGGCCGCUGUUCGUCUCCCCUCCCAUAGGAGUUUCAAGCAUCGUCUGCUUAGUCUGUUUAGCAAGCACACUUUUCACUUUCCAACGGGGUAGAUCACUCCCAAAUCGGUAACUGUCGCUUUCUGAACUUAAAGUCCAUAAAUUUGCAGGUUGAAUUGGAAGAACCAAAACCCAAAGUCCUUCCUUUUUCGACCCCCCAUCAGUCACUCACAAUUUACACAAAAUCUCGCUCAAAAGAUCCUAACUUUGGCCAAAUCUCACCUCCCUCUUGUAUAUCGAUCCCUACCCAGUAAUCAAAAUUACCCAGAGUAUAUAAAAAUAAGAAUGGGGAAGCCAUCGACGAAGAGGGAUUGGUCGCAGAUCUACGUGAUAUACGGCAUGGAACAGUGGCAGACCCUGCUCUUCCUCCUGCUCCACGCCGUCUUCUUCUCCUCCAUGUCCGUCAUCUUCCUCCUCUACUUCGACCCCAUCUGCGCCUACAUCGAAGCGACCCUCCUGUCCUCCGCCGCGUGGGCCCGGUUCGCCGCCGGCUUCGCGGGGUGCGUGACGGCGCUGUCGGCGGUCUGCCUGUUCUACGCCGCCGGGAACUUCUUCUACUCGGCGCUGCCGCUGCACCACGACAUGGCCCAGCGGAUCGUCGGCGCGGUCAGCGACUGGUCGACGGUGAAGAACGCGCUCGACCUCGGGUGCGGCCGGGGGAUCCUGCUGAAUGCGGUGGCGACGCAGCUCAAGAAGACCGGCAGCUCGGGACGCGUCGUGGGGCUGGCCCAGUGCAAGCGGACCGCUCUCUCUACGUUGAGGACCGCAAACAUGGAAGGCGUGCAAGAGUACGUGACGUGCCGGGAGGGCGACGCCCGGAGGCUGCCGUUCCCGGACAACUACUUCGACGUGGUGGUGUCGGCGGGGUUCGUGCACACGGUGGGGAGGGAGCACGGCCACCGGACGGCGGAGGCGGCGGGGGAGAGGAUGAGGGUGGUGGGGGAGCUGGUGCGGGUGGUGAAGCCCGGCGGGGUCGGGGUGGUGUGGGACAUGGGGCACGCGGCGGAGUACGUGCGGCGGCUGCAGGAGCUGAGGAUGGAGGACAUCCGGGUGUCGGAGCGGGUCACGGCCUUCAUGAUGAGCAGUCACAUCGUGUCGUUCGCCAAGCCCAGCGAGCACGUUGUGGGCCUCGGCGAGGUCCGUUUGGACUGGAGAUGAAGGAAGGAAAGGUUUAUACUCUAUACCGUAUAUUUUCCCAUAUUUAAUUACGGUUAUAUAAAUGUAUAAUCGUUCUUUUGGAGAGACAAAAAAAAAGAUAUGUAUUGAGAGAGUGAAAAUGAGAAUAUUUAGGGGAAUGGACAAAUAAAAAAAAAACUUUUUCUAUUUUGGGUAUGUUUUUUUUUUUUUUUUUUUGGAAUCUAGUCAAAUGUCUGGAGAGGCGAAGUCAAACUAGGUGCAUUUGAUUGGAUCACCAGAUAAGUUAAAGAAAGAGAGUAGGUAAAUUAUGGCCAUCAAGAAAAUUAUUGUUUGAUGGCAAGGAAACUCUGAUGAAGACUUGAUAUUGUACAUAUUCAUUAUCUUGCACGGGUUUGAUUGUUUCACGAAAUUUCAAUUUCUAAAUGUUUUUGCGGAUUCAAAGUACUACAAUACAAGAUUACUGCCAAUUCCCCA